GCCAUAUCGCACUCCCUGACGAACUCCUUGUUGCGAUUUUCCUUCGCCUGGAUGUCGCUUCUAUCAAUGCAUGUCAACAACUCACGGGUGAAUUGACAUACAGACCUGCCAACUCUUUCGAUGCAUUAUAGAGGACAGCGUUCAUGUUCAAUACCAUGUCGAGCUACAGCUAGCAUGCAUGCAAAAUGUUCCAGCUUCAGAUAUGAGCAUAACCUCUCGCCUUUCCAUGCUCAGGGCACAGGGUCGAGCCUGGGAAGCGCUCUCUUGGUCAACCCCCGAACCCGUCGUAUUGCCUACGCCUCCGGGCGUCACGAUGUGGAGGCUGGUGGGCGAUGUUUUCUGCAUCGCCGGACCUGGUUUCAUCCAAUGUAUCCGCCUGCCUUCGUCUAUCAAGAGGAUUGCGCAACAGGAGUGGAGGAUCUACCACUCGUGCGGGGAGAGUGGUCUGAACUGGGACUUCUGUUAUGACCCUUCUCAAGAUCUUCUCGUCCUGUUUGAGGGGUUCAGGCCUAGCGGAGACCAAGAGUCAUACUUGGCGUUCAAAACCCACGUCCUCACACUAUCUACGGGCUCACCCCAUCCUGCAGCUACUAGUCCCGUGCUGCUCUACGCACCUGAGUUUAGGUACCGGACCCUUCACGUGAGGUUAACACUACAAGUGUGCGACAGACAUUUUGCCAUGCUCAUGGAAGAUACGAAUCACAAAGAACAACCGAAGUUCGCCGUUUGGAACUGGAUGUCCGGGCUGAAGGAAGUGGAAAUCGUCCACAGUUUCAGUUACAUCUUCAAGUCAUUUUCACUCCUCCCAGAUGAUCUUCUCCUUGUCGGUGUCGACCGUUACAUGCAGGACACGCCAGGGAAACCGAAUGAAGCAUAUAUCAGCGUUUACGACCUUGACAGGGCCACUCACACUGGUCCGUACACGUUGGAUAACGAAGACGACCACUCGUAUAUAUGUAAACUGGACUUCGACUCAGAGUUCGCAGGCGAUAACAUGUUUAUCUCAUCCACGCCGCUUUUUGCCGACAAACAUACUACUGGUCUUGGCAACGUGGAAUGCGCAUCACCAUUCACGCUUGCUCCUGAAGCACAGCUAAUCGUCAUCAACUUGAAUAUUGAGGCGCCGCUUGCAACGCGAGUCUUCCUCCCUGUGUCCGUCAUCAUGCAGUAUGUCUCCUCAGCGAGAAAGUCUGGAGCGUUGGGCGUCGUUAUCCCGUGGAGCGAUUGGGGGUUAAGCCCUCGAGUUUUCGUAACUUCAUUCCGCACUCGGGUAUGGGGACGCGGUCGUGCAUGGCACCGCUAUUCGACACGCGGACUACGCAUUGCUACUGUGCUUGACCACAAUCUCUCUGACGAGGAAUGGACACGUGGUGAAUUGUAUGAGCUCGUGGCUAUUAUGGAUAUUAACCCCAUGACACACGCCACGUGUUCUGGCUUGGGCAAGGACUGGACGCGCCCUCAGCCGGAGAGCGAGCAGUGGGAAGGUAGCUUUCGAGUCGCGUGGAGAAAGGAAGUUGGUUUUAAUCGGCGGUGGACUUCGUGUCUACUUGGCGAUGACUUGAUUGUUCUUGUGUCCGAAGAUUGGUUCGAGGGACCACUUUUUGCGGUCAUGGCACUCGAAGAUCCAGGCGAGGAGCCAACCAGUGCUGCAUGAUAUUAUUAGAGAGGUUUUAGAAAGCGAACAAAUAUGCAUUAUUGCGCAUGACCGCAAACAAUGCGGUGUACACUCUGGUCUAGUAAUAAACUACUGGUAUGGGGCGGAAGAACAGUCGAGUCUGGGUACUAUUCGAUCUCAUAAUGGCGCGCGUGGC